CAUUUUAUUUGUAAAGGCACCAUGUAGAACAGGGAUCAUCAACUUGCGGCCAGCGGCUACUUAAUCACAAUGUGAAAAAUAACCUAUUGACCCUCUCUUUGCUGUGACAUGACAAAUAAUAAUAAUAACAAUAACCUCCAGUUACUAAGUAACAGAAAUCCAGGGAUUAAAGCAGCAUCCAUAGUCAGGAUGGAAGGAUGAUUGAAGUAUGUUUCCACCGUUUGUUCUUACUGUUUUGUGCUUUGAAGGGAUUACGGGAAAGGUUGCAAAGUGGCCAGUGAGUCAGUGAGAUCGUUGAUAAGGUUGAUAGGUUUCACUUACUCCAGGAAGGGGUCACAGUCUGCCUGCAGCACACGAGGUAUAAAAUCCACCGGCAGGGAAGCAGAAUUCAUCAGUAAAAAGCCACCCUGCACAGAGAAAGAGAAGACAGAAAACAUUUUCUGAACAUGGUGACUGCUUCAACUAUGAUGGGUUCAGUGAAAUCCUCCGGACUCUGUCUACUUCUGAUGUCUUUCCUUCUUUACGUAGCUGAUUCUUACCCCAACAAUGACCUAUCAAACAUGGGCUGUGAGGAGUGCACGCUUAGGAGGAACAAUGUUUUCUCCUCUACUCGUCCCCUCUAUCAGUGCAUGGGCUGCUGCUUCUCCAGAGCGUACCCAACACCUCUCGGGACCAUGAAGACGAUGUUGGUCCCGAAGAAUAUCACCUCAGAGGCAACGUGCUGUGUGGCCAAGGACAGCUAUGAUACCGAGGUGUUUGGCAUAAAGGUGAGAAACCACACAGAAUGCCACUGCAGCACCUGCUACUUCCAUAAGAUAUGACAGAUGGGAAGCGGAGACAACCCUGCAAGCACUCAGCUCGGCAACAAAUGAUGCUUCUGUUCACGUACACAUGCUAGUCUCUGUUUUCAAAUGUAAACUCUUGUGUUGGCAAGUGUCUGUGAUUUGUAUUUAUUAGCCCACAUUUUUGCAUGGAUAGAUGUGUUUAAAAUAAUGUAGAUUGAAAAGCAAUAAAAUCUCACCCAGAUUUUCCAGUUUCA